CAAUCGCCAGUCGAUAGCAAAACAUGAGAGAGUGCUCAUCGCGCAGCAAUACGCGUCUGCUUAGUGUGGUAAUCGUAAUCGAUCAACGUCUCAGAAUCGACACUUGUCGAUAUUUAAUCGAGAUCCUUUCUCGCCGCAUCACAGGCGAUUAACGAUAGUUGGUUCGACCUGUUCCCACAUCUAUGGAGUUUCAUCUAGACAGUGCAGAAUACUGCCAGGCACAGCACAAAUAAAAAGUAAGCAAUCCUCAAACAAGGCGGUGAUAGCCUGAGUGAACACGGUCACCUCUUCGGAAGUCGACGUCGAUAAGUGGUGUGGAUCAGAUAAGCUAAAUACCGUCAACGGAUCAGCCGAAAAAGCGGCAGCACCGGCCCGAAAAAGCCAAAGUCUGUUCAUCUAUGGGAGAGAAAGCAAAAAACUAAAUUUUUAGCAUCGCGGUGAUCGCAGAUCAUAUCACAAGCAAGGAGAAAUUUUAAUUUUUAACAACGAAACUGAGAAAAAGUUGUAAUAUUUUCAAAAACAAAACUAAAACUGAGCCCAAUUCAUUUUUGUUAGCUUAAAAUACGUGUGACACUUAACAGGGAAUCACUUUUAGGUCACAGAAAACCGAUUCAUUUUCUUUGUGAUAGAAGAAAAAAUCCAAAAUUGUACUUAAUUAAAAAAAAAAA